UUUACGGCGGAUGCAGACAGUACAUGUCAAGUGACAGUUUACAUACAGAUAUUUUGUUUCCUGAAAUGAUAGGAUUUAAAACAAACUCAAAUGUAAUCUUUGUUUAACUCCGCUAAUAUGUCCGUUAAUAUGGACCUUAUUUUUUCUUGACUUGGACAAAAAGUGAUUUGACUUUUUAUAUUUUUCUUUAUUAGAUACUUUAAUACUUGAGUUAAAGUAAAAAACAGUUCUUAACUUGCUGUGUUUUUUAAACUAGGUCAACAAAAAUGGCAACUUUUUCGCAAUCUACCAUUGAAAAGGGAUCUGACACGAUCCAGGACUUCUGUUGUUCGACCUGUGAAGACAUGAAACUAGAAGAAUCGGCCGAUUUCUACUGCGAAACUUGUAUGAAGUUUUACUGUCGAAAAUGUAUCAACCCACACGACCAGUUGUUUAAGAAACAUUCCCCUUAUGGAAGGGAGGAUGUGAAGAAAUGGCCGGUUUCCAAGAAAGUGGAAGAUUUUCUUCAAAAAUGUGUCGUUCACAAAGAUAAAAACCUGGAAAUGUUUUGCCAAGAUCACAGUCAACUAUGCUGCAACAACUGUGCUUUCAUUGAUCACAGACUAUGCAAGACGGUGACACUUAUAUCAGACUACGUAAAAUAUAACGCCAUAGACCUGCAGCAACAAUCCGAUUGUAUCCAAAAAAUUCUAGAAGAUAUGAAGAAACUUCUAGACAACAAGGAUGCUUCUUUUCGGUCCGUGCAAAGCUCAUACGAAGAGCAGGUACAGAAGAUACAUGAAACUCGCCGAAAAAUAAAUGAAGCCUUAGACCAGAUCGAAAAAAAGACACUGAAUGAAAUGAAAGAUGCUUUGACCAAACUGCAGUCCUCUCUUAAAAGUGAUGUCGACAAAUGUGCCACUCUUCGGGAUGAAUUGAAACGACUUCGAGAUGCCAUACAGGACAUAUGUGAUAAAAGCAAUCUAGAUCUGUCUUUUAUAGCCAGCAGAAAAUGCCAUGACAAAAUACCACAGGCUGAAGCCUAUCUAAAGGGGAACUCUGUUCAUGUUCAAGUUUCAAUAACAUUCGAGCCUAACAAUGAAAUUGAGGAAUACCUGUCUAAACUGUCAGGUUUUGGUAGAAUUGAAAACAGAACCCAGACAUUGACGAUGCAGGGAAAUCCGGACCAGUCCCAGGGUGAACAACGUCCCCCGCUGCCGCCCUUAUCAAAACGUGACAAUCUCAACCGCCAAAUCGCAGGGGCUGUAGGACGAAAGCGUGUUUUGCCGCCAAUCCCUAACGAAAGCAGUCGAAGGUUUGCUGCAGGAGACUUGAAGGGCAAUGGAGCGACUGGUGGGGUUGACAGUCAGCGCGUGGCUUUGAAAGGUUUGGCUGUGGAUACGGAAGAUCUGGAGGGGAUUUAUAGCUCCGUGCCAAAAACGUUGAACGACUUUGAGCUGCGACGGGAUCAGAUCGAUUUGCAAGACUUAUUAGGUACGGGCCAGUUUGGGUCUGUGUGUAAGGGGACGUUCACACUGCGUAAUGGCAAGACAAUAACGGUUGCUGUGAAGACGUUUAAACAGGAGGACGUGACGCCACGUCAGGAGAAUAAAGAAGAGCAUGUCACCAAGAAUGAGAAUGACUUGUUGGAGGAAGCAAAAAUCAUGAUAAAACUGAGUCAUAAACACAUUCUUCGAAUGUUUGGUUUUGUUUCAGGGGCGGGUACAGCUGAAAAUCUCAUGUUGGUGCUGGAGUACGGCCCCUUAGGACCGUUGAACUCGUUUUUGUCGGCUCACAGAAAUUUUCCACAAGCCGGCAUAGUGUUGUUACUAUGGCAGGUUGCUAUGGGAAUGGAAUUCCUCGAGUCAAAGAAAAUCAUUCAUCGAGAUGUUUCUGCCAGAAACGUUCUUCUUUUCACAGAGAGUUUUGCCAAAAUCUUCGACUUUGGAGACUCCAAAGAGCUUCCUCCGGACGAUGAUUAUUAUGAAGCCCAAGAAGCAGGCAAAUGGCCCCUCAAGUGGUAUCCCCCAGAGUGCAUCUACUACUGGAAGUUUGACUCCACGUCUGACGUGUGGAGCUAUGGAGUCACCAUGUGGGAGGCAACGUCGUAUGGGGAGGAACCUUACAAGGGAAAGCGUGGUGCGGAGAUUCUGAAGUUUUUGGUGGAGGAAGAGAAGCGAAUGGAGAAACCCCCGCUGUGUGACGAGGACGUGUAUGAUGUGAUGCUGAGCUGCUGGGAAUACGAGGUGACCAGUCUUCCCCUGUACCGGAAUACGUGCCACUAACGCUGAACGACUUUGAGUUGCGUCGUGAGCAAAUCGAUCUACAAGACGCCUUAGGUUCUGGUCACUUUGCGACUGUGUGUAUAGGCACGUGCAGACAGUGUGAUGGCAAGCAGAUCCCUGUCUCUGUGAAGGCGAUUAAACACGAAAUUGACACUCCCAAUGAUGAGGGUUAUUUGUUGAAGGAAGCCGAAAUUAUGAUGCCCCUAAGUCACAAACAUAUUGUCCGCAUGAUUGGAUUCUGUAAAGCUGAUAGUAUGAUGUUGGUGCUGGAGUAUGCUCCCUUGGGACCGUUGAGCACAUUUUUGACAACGCAGAAAAAUGUGUCACAAGCUAGCAUAGUGUUGUUGCUAUGGCAGGUUGCUAUGGGAAUGGAAUAUCUGGAGUCGAAGAACAUCGUUCAUAGAAAUCUCGCGGCCAGAAGCAUUCUUCUCGUUUCAGAGACUUAUGCCAAAAUCAGUGACUUUGGAAUGUCCAAGGCUCUUAAAGGACG